ACUCUGACAAUAAAACAAAAACAACACAACUGAAAUACUAUCCAAAAUAAGAAAUAAACUGAAAGAUUAAGGUAAAAACCUCAGUAAAAACAGUUUAGGAGGAAUAGGUGAAAAGUCGAUUUGUAUUGAUCCGACGUGAAAUGAAAUUACUUGAGCAGUAUAAAGAUUCUAUAGCACUUGCAAAGAAUCAAAAUAUUAUCACUGAUACCUCAUUCAAAAAAGCAUUGGAUAAUUGUUUUUCUGUCCUGGCAGAAAAAGAUAAAAUACAUGGCAUUCAUACCUUUGAUUCAAAGCCAGAUAUUACCAAAGAAUUCUAUGCAGCACUACUUUCUGUGACCACUGAAUUUGUAAGAAGAGCAUAUUGUAAAGAAGACAUUCAGCAAUACCUAAGUGAUGAUUGUGGAUUGUCCUCAUCCAGAGUAGAAAUAUUUCUACAUGAUUUUUACAAACAUAGGUUGGGCAUUGAAAUGUCCUUGCUGAACAUUGGUGAUUCCCUACCACACAUUACUGAUGUUAAAUGGAAAAUUGAUUAUAUUAUGAAGUCAAGUACAAUGGAUUCCUCUGAAGGCCCAUUGUUCAGGAUAUGUCUUGUCACAGACAAGUAUGAUCCAGAAACAGAGACAAAAAAGAUGUCUACUAUAAAUUUCACUUGCACAUCUCAGGAACUACAAGAUCUAGUUUAUAAGCUGAAAGACUCUGUGAGACAUUGUAGUACUGUAACAAGUAGAAUUUUGUGAUUAUAAUGUACUAAUCUGGUAACCAAUAUCAAUGCAUUGAAAGUUCUGAUCAUAUUAGAAAACCUGUACCGUCGAAUGAGGAGGCUUCGGACGAUUUUUACAGUUUUUUCGCUGUAACUUUUUGAAAAAUCAAUGUUUUGACACGAAAUUUUCACGAAAUGUAGCACUCAUAUAAAUGAAUCGAUUCGUGGUACCUAUAGAACUUUUGUUUUCAUUUUUAGGAAUAUUUUUUUUUUAUUUUGAAAAGUGUCCGAAGUUACCUGGAUAGGUGUGGUGAAUCCGGACACCCCUUCAAAAGCGCAUGAAAACGACAUCCAGCUUCAUCAGACUCAACUUCGGACAUGAAUUCGAAUUUUUAAAAAAAUGGAACAUCAAAAAUUCAAUUUUUUGUCCGAAUUUAUUUUAUCUUAGGAAAUUGACUUCGGACGCGUAUUGUUGACGAUAGGAAAUGUAUUUCUCGUCUCAACAAAAAUAAUUCGGACACAACAUGAGAAAAAUAUUUUUUAUUUGAAAAAGAUUCUUUAAGAAUAAAAUAAAUAGUAACAUUCUUACAAAAAUAAAAUAGCAUUCUGCCUAAAAAAUAAUCAACAAAGUAGGAACUUACUUCAUGUAUCACAAAAAAACGAAUAAAGCUAUUUUAUGACAAUAUCAUUCAAAUCACAAAAUUUGUAUUUUCCUCUUCUAAACUCAUCCAUAGUAAUUUUUUGGUGAAUUUCUGUAUAAUUCACAGUCGCUUCAUCAAUCCGGAAUGGAAAUGAGAACCAAAAUUCCUCCCCAAAUUCUCUCCCAAUUGUGAUAAAAUUUGGGCAACAUAAAGUUUAUAUUUCUUAGAAUUGAAUAUAGGCACUUUGAUUAUUGCGAAAUCAUUUUUCUUCAAAUUUUCUAAAUCAGUCUUAGUAGAAAUAGUUUCUACUCUCUCGUUAGUGUCGAUCCUCUUCUGACGAUUCAUUGGUACGAUUGGUACGAACGUCCGCCAAGGAUUUUUCUAUAGGUCCGGCCCAUGUCCGAAGUCUUCCGCAAUAAUGCUGAUGUUCUGGUUAUCGCCCUGUAUUAAAAAAUUCUAUGAAAUUUUCAAACAGAUACAUCAUCAAAGCAUUCUUUGAACAUCACCCUUUGAUUGAACAUAUGCCACUGAGCUCUACAUUCAACACAAAAAGUGCUACAGCAGUUACUUUUUCACUUUUGAGAAUUCGCAAUAAAAAUACGCUCAUAUAAAUACCGACGUGAACAAUUCUUCCUUACCUCUCUACGCAAACUACACUCUCGACCACCGGACCUAUACUAACAAGUUAAACAAGAUUCAACCUGCAGCCUGCAGAAGAUUCACGUCUAUCGCUAUACCUCCUUCCGCGACAUUCACGAUUGAGAGCGAAAAGUACCGACUGUCCGAAAUCACCGGUACCGUCCGAAGCCACCUCAUUCGACGGUACCUUCUAAGUUGGUAGGAAUGUGAUCUGUGAUCCUAAUGGAUUACCAAAUAAAAAACAAUAUUGUACUUAAAGCAUUUUGUGUAAAUUACCCUGUAGUAAUAAUCAAUCAAUAACAAUGUCUAAUAAUACAUUUAAACAAUCAUUCAAGGAAUAUAAUAAAUAUUAGAUGAG